AUGGAAAAACUUAAUCAAGUCAAAAAGCGAGUGAUAGAUGAGUUAGAAAGGGUAAUUCCAAUGAGUAAAGAAGAAGCUAAAAAAAAUCUCUUUUCUCUGCUAAAAGAAGAGGUCGACAGAGAAUUAGAAAGAUACAAGGAAGAAAAAAUUGGAGGGGUGGAAAAAGAAGUAAAGGAGGAAAGUAGUAAGCUAAUUUGUCUCGCCUUAGAAAAAUGUAGUUCGGAACUAGUUUUUACUAAAACAACCGAUAAUUUACGGGUGGAAAGUUCCCAAAUAAUUAGCAAAAUAAUUGGAAGAGAAGGACGAAAUAUUAAUGCUUUUCAGCGCGUUACUGGCACCGAACUAAUUAUUGACCGGGAAAGUGAUGAACAGAGCGUUCAAAUUUCUUCUUUUAAUUCUUUACGUCGAGCAAUAGGUUUACAAACUCUUCAUACUUUAAUUAAAGAAGCCAGAUUUUCUCCUCUCCAAAUUGAAAAAACUUAUCAAAAAGUAAGUUUAGAAAUUGAUGAGCUUAUUAUUAAGACCGGGUUGGAGGUCUUGCGCGAACUAGAAUUAAAUAACGUUCAUCCCGAAUUAGUUAAGCAUUUAGGAAAGUUAAAAUAUCGCACUAGUUAUGGGCAAAAUGUGCUGGAACAUUGUCUGGAAGUGGCCAAAUUAGCCGGAAGUAUUGCGGUCGAGUUGGGUUUAGAUGUUUUCUUAGCGCGGCGGGCUGGUUUAUUUCAUGAUAUUGGUAAAGCAGUGGAGGACAAUGGUAAUUAUUCCCAUGUUCUGAGUGGCAUUAGUUUAGCCAAAAAAUACCAAGAAUCUGAAUUAAGCGAUGAACUUUCCGCAACGGGAUUAAAUAAAACUGCUGAUUUUAUAGAAGCAGCUGAGGAAUCUUACAAGACAUAUGAUGAUACUAAGCCUUAUUUUGAAGUAAUUAAGCAUUUCUCACACCUUAACGAAGGGAAAGAGUAUGAGUCCGGUUGUAAAGUGUGUGAGGAAUAA